GGGAGGGUUGCAGUAAUAGGAGGGACCAAUGUUAGACAAUACAUAUCGACUUCUUAUAUCCGUGUACCGCUGCUUGGAUAGACAUCAUCUGAUUGUACAGGUUCCUAGUACACUAGAUCGAACACGUUUAACUCAAGAAUCUAAUCUAAAACAACAAUGGCUGUAGAGGGAGGAGCAAAAUGUGUCAAAUACCUGCUCUUUUUCUUUAAUUUCAUCUUCUGGCUUUGUGGCUUGGCCUUAAUAGUUCUGGGGAUACUGGUUUACAUUGGUUUCCGAAAUGUGGCGGUCAUCAAAGGAUCUUAUGGUCCUGCCAUAUUCAUCAUUGUGGUGGGAGUCAUUAUCUUUUUCAUUGCCUUCUUUGGCUGCUGUGGAGCCUGCAACGAGAAUCACUGCAUGAUCACAACGUUUGCUGUUUUUCUGUCCCUCAUCAUCAUCUGUGAAAUCGCUGUUGCCAUCGUUGGUUAUGUCUUCCGUGGGAAAUUGAGUGCAGUGCUGGACCAGAACUUUAAAGCUGCAAUUGCAGAAUACAACACCUCAGAAGAAAUAAAGAAAGCCAUUGAUAAUCUGCAAAAAGAGCUGAAGUGCUGUGGAGCAAACUCCUCUGAUGAUUGGGUGAACUUCAGCAUCAGCCAUAAUUCAGUCCCAGACUCUUGCUGUAAAAACGAGACUCGUACUUGUGGUAUCGGAGCUAUCCAUGAUCACAACAAAAUCUACAUCAAUGGAUGUCAGUCCACUGUGGAGAAUCUUCUGAAUCAGAGUAUGUUGUGGAUAGCUGUAGGAGCUCUGGUCAUUGCAUUUAUUCAGAUCACGGGCAUUGUGUUGGCCUGCAUUCUGACGAGAGCCAUUCGCAGUGGCUACGAAGUCAUGUGAUCACAUUGAGCUACAGCACUUCACCAGCCAGAUCAGGGCAACAGGACCAACCUGUCACUUAAAGUUUUUAAAUACUCUUUUAUAAAUGCCAGUUCUUUUCCCUCUUUGCUGAACAACUUGAAAAUGCUUUUCAGAGUGGAUUAUCUGUGCCAUAUUUCAAUGACUAUUCGAGUAGAUUAGUCUCCAGUUGUUAAAUCUUAUUUGCAUUCUUUCUUCAGUCUUUGUUUUAGACUUUUUAUCUUUAACUGCCAUAUUGACAUUUUACUUUGGGGUCAAUGAAUAAGUAAUAUGCCAAAUUGUAUAAGAAAGAACCAAUAAAAUGUUCCAAGUUUGUC